UCAAAGUUUAACUUCAAACGUAUCUGUCAAUUUUUUUUGUCUAUGCCUUUUCCUGAAUAAAAUUCUCUUGAGAGUAAAAAUGGGUCGUUAUUCUCGAGAGCCGGAUAACCCUGCGAAGUCAUGCAAGGCGCGCGGGUCAAAUCUCCGCGUUCACUUCAAGAAUACCUAUGAGACAGCAAUGGCAAUAAAGAAGCUGCCUCUGCGCAGGGCGGUCCGUUACCUCAAGAAUGUGGUUGACAAGAAAGAAUGCAUACCAUUCCGCCGGUUUAAUGGUGGAGUAGGCAGAUGUGCACAGGCUAAACAGUUUGGCACCACACAGGGUCGUUGGCCCAAGAAAUCGGCAGAGUUCCUGCUGCAACUGUUGAGGAAUGCUGAAUCUAAUGCUGACUACAAGGGCCUUGAUGUUGACAGACUCGUCAUUGAUCAUAUACAGGUGAACCGCGCCCCCUGCCUGCGCAGGCGCACGUACCGCGCGCACGGCCGCAUCAACCCCUACAUGUCGUCCCCCUGCCACAUAGAGGUGUGUCUCAGCGAGCGCGAGGACACGGUCGCGCGCGCCGCGCCCGCCGACGACGCGCCCGCCAAGAAGAAGCUCUCCAAGAAGAAGCUGGCGCGCCAGAAGGAGAAGAUGAUGAGGGAAUAGACGUUUAGGGGUUAAUAAAAACACAAUCAAAA